CUGACCUUUGCACAACACCGGAGAGAGUUUAUAAGCUAGACCAAGGGAGACUACCAGUGUACAAUAUACAAAUCAUUCCAGCUCCAGCUCAUUUUCCUGCUCUGAACUAUGACUGAGGCAGAGCUUCACACGCUGUACAAGGGGGUCUACAUGCCUUCAUAUCUGCACACUCCACAGAGCCUGAAAUACUACGAAGAGUUCACUUUUCGCCCAGAUGAUAUCAUCAUUGUAACGUAUCCCAAGUCCGGUACGACUUGGAUGCAGGAGAUUGUCCCUCUGAUAGUGAGUGGAGGAGAUCCAGCUUCUGUUGAGACUCUUCAUAACUGGGACCGUGCUCCCUGGCUGGAGCAGACUCGGGCCUGUAUCCUUAACCUUGAAGAGAGGCCGUCUCCACGACUGUUAACUACACAUUUCCAGUACAACAUGAUGCCUCCAUCUUUCUUUGAAGUUAAGCCAAAGGUCAUCUAUGUGAUGAGGAACCCCAAAGAUGUGUUUACAUCUUCCUUUUACUAUCAUGGAAUGGCAUCCUUCUUGGAAAACCCAGGCCCACAGGGAGAGUUCCUCCACAAGUUCCUUGAUGGAAAAGUUAUGUUUGGCUCGUGGUUUGAUCAUGUAAAGAGCUGGCUGAAUACUGAAGAUAAAGAGCGCAUAAUGCACAUCUCCUAUGAAGAGAUGAUAAUGGACCUGAAGGACUCUGUGGCCAGAAUCGCUCAGUUCUUGCAGAAAUCUCUGGACACUGAGGUGAUAGAGAAGAUAGCGGACCGAUGUUUGUUCAAGAACAUGAAGCAGAACAACAUGUCCAACUACUCUGCUGUGCCUCUUGAAUUCAUGGACCAGACAAAGUCUGAAUUUCUCAGGAAGGGAGUUGCCGGAGACUGGAAAAAACAACCAACAGUGACAGAAGCUGAGUACUUUGAUGCUGUUUACAAAGACAAAAUGAAAGAUGUCGAUUAUAAAUUUGUAUGGGAUUAAAAAAAUGGAAAUACUUAAAGGUGCAGUGUGUAGGAUUUGGCGGCAUCUAGCAGUGUGGUUGCAGAUUGCAACCAACUGAAACUUCUCCCGUGUACCAAGCAUGUAGAAGAACUAUGGUGGCCGACAUGAAAACACGAAUGGUCCUAUCUAGAGCUAACUAGAGAGAUGGAGAUAGCUAGAUAUAAACGGCUCAUUCUAAGCUAACGAAAACAUUCUUAUUUUCAGGUGAUUAUGCACUAAAGAAAACAAACAUAUUAAUAUUAUAUUCCAUUUCUGCCAAUAGAUCCCCCUAAAUGCUACACACUGUUCUUUUAAUUAAAGUCAUUCCACCAUACAAUGAUGCAGUUUUCACCAAAAUGUUGUCAGGUGUUUCAUUGUUUUGUGCUAUGACCAAUACUGAUCUUACUGUAUAUCAAUAACAAAUACUGUAGAUUUACCAGAAGGCAUGUAUUAUCACAUUCACAUGCACAGAAUUACCACGCUAAUGCAUAUCCAUAACUAUAACAUUAUAUAUACACACUAUUUUGACCAAUAUGACCCUUUUGCUCUUCCUAAAACCUACAAUUUUUAAAUGAUUUUUGUAUUUUUUUUGUAUUUGUAUGUUUGUAUUGCAUUUUGUAAUUUUAUAUAAAGAGGGUGAGUGCGCCAAACCUUAUUAUUAGAUACAGUAUAAAACACUGAAAGGACAUUUAAAACAGAAAUUGAAUAUGUAUUGUGUACAUAAAUUAAAUCCACAGUUGUUAAUAAAUUCUAUACCUUUGGA